AUGCCGGGCGCCCCCGCGGUCCUCCGCGCGCUGCUGCUCUGCGGGCUCGCCGCACCCCCGCCCGCGCGGCCCGAGCCGCUCCUCCGCAGCCGCGACCGCCCCGACCUGGAGCCCGCGCCGCCCCGCCGGGCGCAGCCCAUCGCCGACCUUCCCGCCGCGCAGCGAUUCCUGUCCAAGUACGGCUGGGCCGACGCGCCCCGCGGGCCCCGGGCCCCCCCCGCCGCCGCCGCCCUGGCCCAGGCCGUGCGCAGGUUCCAGAAGGUCAACGCGCUGCCGGCCAGCGGGCGCCUGGACGCGGCCACCCUGGCGGCCAUGAACAGGCCGCGCUGCGGGGUCCCCGACACCCGGGCCCUGCCGCCCCCCGCCGCCCCGCCGCGCCCCAAGCGCUUCCUGCCGCCGCCGCCGCCGCCCGGGGCCCCGCCGCCUGAGGUCUCCGCGCCGCGCGGGGCGCCCCGGGCCUUCGCCAAGCGGACCCUGAGCUGGCGGCUGCUGCGGGAGGGCGCCAGCGGGCAGCUGGCCGAGGCCGAGCAGAGGCGCAUCCUCAGGCUGGCCUUCAGGAUGUGGAGCGAGGUGAUGCCGCUGCACUUCCGCGAGGACCUGGCCGCCCCCGGGGCCGCCGUGGACAUCAAGCUGGCCUUCGGGCGGGGCCGGCACCUGGGCUGUCCUCGGGUUUUUGAUGGCAGCGGGCAGGAGUUUGCCCACGCCUGGCGCCUGGGCGACAUCCACUUCGACGACGACGAACACUUCACGCCUCCCACCAGUGACUCGGGCAUCAGCCUCCUCAAAGUGGCCGUCCACGAAAUCGGCCACGUCCUCGGCCUGCCGCACACCUACAGGGCGGGAUCCAUAAUGCAGCCCAACUACGUUCCGCAGGAGCCCGUCUUUGAGCUGGACUGGUCAGACAGAAAAGCAAUUCAGAAGCUGUACGGUUCAUGUGAAGGAUCCUUCGAUACCGCGUUUGACUGGAUUCGCAAGGAGAGAAACCAACACGGGGCCGUGAGGAUGAGAUUUAGCACCUACUUUUUCCGCAACAGCUGGUACUGGCUUUAUGAAAAUCGAAACAACCGGACGCGCUACGGGGAUCCUAUCCAAAUCCUCAGUGGCUGGCACGGGAUCCCAACACAACACAUCGACGCUUUUGUCCACCUCUGGACGUGGAGAAGAGACGAACGUUAUUUUUUUAAAGGAAAUCAAUACUGGAGAUACGACAGUGACAAGGAUCAGGCCUACACAGAAGAUGAACAAGGAAACAUCUACCCCAAAUUGAUUUCAGAAGGAUUUCCUGGCAUCCCAAGUCCCCUGGACACUGCCUUUUAUGACCGAAGAAAGCAGUUAAUUUACUUCUUCAAAGAGUCCCUCGUGUUUGCAUUUGACGUCAAUAGAAAUCAAGUACUUGAUUCUUAUCCAAUGAAGAUCACUGAAGUGUUUCCGGGAAUAGAGCCACAGAACCAUCCCUUCAGGAAUAUAGACUCAGCCUAUUACUCCUACGCACACAACUCCCUUUUCUUUUUCAAAGGCAGUGCAUACUGGAAAGUAGUUAACGACAAAGACAAACAACAGCAUUCUUGGCUUCCUUCAAACGGCUUAUUUCCAAAGCAGUCAAUCUCAGAGCGGUGGUUUGACAUUUGUGACGUCCAUGCCUCCACCCUGACUGUGUAA